UUUCAGUACCAAAAGCGGUGACCCCCCCCCGAGCUACACUCGGGAAUACCAUGCGGCGCUGCAUAAGGAUUCCCUGCAGCACUUACCUUGUCCUUCGCUCCGGCGAUGUGUCCCCUGCAGUGUCCCCGGCCAUCUCCUCCGGCCGAUGCCGGCAUCCGGCUUCUGUGUUCCGGUCCCUGUGACGUCGGGACGUACGGGCACCGCCGGCGGCGGGAAAUUUGAAAAUUUUUAAAAAAUGUCAUUUUUUUCAAAACGAUUUUACGUAUGCUUUGUCCGGCGCCCUGUCUGCAUUUUGAAUGUUCUUUCUG